AUGCCCAACAAGCUUAAGGGGAGCGUCUCGCGGAGAACAGAACAGCGUGUAGUGGAGGAGGACGCUCUCUCGCAAGAGCUCUGUGAGUUCAGACGGGAGAACAAGGAGCAGUUCGACAAUAUAAGAGAGGACAUAAACGGCAUCGCCAAGAGGAUGGACGAAGCGGAGGAACAAAUAAUGGAGGCGGAGACUAGCAUACAGGCUUCGGAGGAGAUGCUACUGGUGUUAGCAAAGCUCCAAACCCAAGUUGAAGCUAAGUUGACGGAUCUGGAGGGGCGCUCACGGCGUGAGAACAUCAGGAUUCACGGAGUGGUUGAGGGGGCAGAAGAGGGAGCGACGUCUGUUAUUAACUUUGUUGAGUCAUUAUUAAGGAACGGCCUCGGAAUCCCCCCGACCACCGCAUUUAACAUCGAACGGGCGCACCGUGCCCUGGGAGUAAAGCCACCCGUCGGGGCCCCUUCACGGUCCUUUGUGGUCAAGUUUGCAGGUUAUCGCAUAAAAGAGGACAUUCUCAGGCGAGCAUGGCAAGCGAGAGGCUUUGAUUUUCAAGGCAAGAAGGUUUUUUUGGACAAUGACUAUGCCCCCGAAAUACAAAAAAGGCGCAAGGAGUAUACCGCAGCCAAAGCGGCUCUCAGGGAGAAGAACAUACGCUUCCAGACGCCUUUCCCGGCCAGGCUGAGAGUGCAUUACAGCGAAGGCAUGGUUACGUACAACUCUGCACAGGAGGCGACAGAGGAUUUGGUGAAGAGAGGUUUGUCGUAA